CUGGAGUCACCCCGCUUUGUGAACCCGUUUAUCCUCAAUUUGGUCAGGAUUUCACCCAUUCGAUCCAUUUUCCGCCUCUAAAACGGGCCGUGAAAUUCCUUCUUUUUGUUUUUCUUGUUUUCGAUUUUUUUUAAAUAAAGAUUGACUAAAAAAAAAGUUCCGGUUGUUCAUUGGUCAAAAAACAGUAAUGACGCUCUUUACUAGCCAAUCGCAUUGCACAUGUGAACACCGUGGGACUGUGGGAACGGCGUGAAACGGCGUCAAACCAUUCCUGCAGUUCUGUUGGAAACAUCCCAAUGGCUCGUGGGCUCACAGAGGAAGACCUGGACGCACAGUUCGAACAGUUCUUGAAAGAGUCUGUUUCUGAUGACUCCAUACAUCUCGGCCACGAUGAUGACCAGCGGCAGGCCAUCAGUAGUGGGGAAUCCAGCCAGAACCAAAAUAGUUUGAGGGGGGAAGAAAACAAGAUCAGAAGUGGAAGAAGAGAACUGGCUCCGAUCUCAGCUGCAAAUGUGACCGGUAUUGGCUUAGACACUAUGGAGGAAGAAGAGGAAAAAAACAGGUUCUUUGCACAACUUGAGGCAGGAGCUUCAUCAACUGUUGACUAUUCCCAGCUCAACAGACAGUGGGACUCUUCUAGCUUCACCAUUACUGCUGACCUCAGUAGAGCAGAACAAACACCAGUGAAUCACAGAGCCACGGAUGUUGUCAGACCAUUACAGGAUUCCCUGCACCCCAGUCAAGACUUUGAAAAUAGGAGUGAUGUGAAAGAACCACUGGAGGAGGAGGAGAAGGAGGAUCUUUUUGAGGUGAAGGAGUUGAGGGCCCAGCUGGCACUGAAAGAGGAGGAACUACAGAGGAUGAGGAAGGAAGCUGAGGAGCUGACUUCAGUCAGGCAAAAGAAUUAUGUCCUCCAGAGCAAGCUGCAAAGUGCUAAGAACGCUAGUCAGAAGAAGAGCUGGAAAGACGAAGGCGCAAAUCCAGCCGACAAAAUUCAGCAGGCGGAAAAAGACUUCAAAGAGCAAGAGAUGCUUAUAAAAGGUUUUCAGCAGGAAAAUGAGAAGCUGUAUUUCCAACUGAAGACUCUUCAAGCCACGAGCAAAGCCAAUGAAGAGGCUAUGUUUGAAGCAAACCAGAGGCUGCAGAACCAGCUGGCUUUAACACGAGACCAGCUAAAGAAAACCUCUUGGCCUGUGGGAAGUGUGUUACCAGGGACGUCCUCUGGAGACUUGUUGGCUCAAAUCGGAGCGCUGCAGAAGAGUGAGGCCAAACUAUCGGAGGAUUUGCACCGUCUGAAGCAGGAAAAGCUGGCUCUAGAGGUGGACCUACAGCUGAUGAAGAAGGAAAGAGACGUGGCUAAAGCACAGAUUGUCUCCACCAAAGAAGACGAACCCAACGAGGAGGUGGUAGCUCUAAGGAAGAGGCUGCAGUCAUUUGCUGAGAAUCAGAGAACAUGGGAAAGAACUGCUGACAGACUGAAGACUGCCUCCACAGAGAUAGACCAGCUCAAGGAACGGGUGAAGCAACUGGAGCAAACUUUGAGAAGCAAGAAUCCAAAAUUUGUGCCUGCUGCGAUUCAUGCUAGGGUCUCAUCUGCUCAUCAUCAACCAGCAGAUUCCACUAGGAAGUCCAUGUCCAGCUGUGUCAACGCCUUGCUGGAGCGACGGGUUCAGCAUUUGGAGGCGGAGCUAGAGGGUCAGAAUGAAGAGGCCAAGCAAAGCCUGUGUGCCUUGCAACAACAGUUCCAUCUGAUUAAGGGUCGUCUUGAGCAGCAAAUUUCCGAACUGGAGCAGCAGCUGGAACAGAAACCGCAGGAAAAAUCAGGAGAUCCUCGAAUGGCAGAUUGCAGGGCACUAGAAGAAGAGCUGAACCGUGUCAAGGAAAGCCACCAGGAGAAAGAAAAAAGUCUCCUGCAGGAAAUAGAAACUCUGCAGCAGCAACUAAAAACCAAGGCUCAGCCAGGUCCAGGCCGGCACCAGCGUCAAGCUGAGGCAGCGUUCGGAUUCCGGAUUGAGAGGCUGAACCAGGAGCUGGCCGCCAAGACACGAAGCAUUCAAGAGCUAAACCGCACGGUGAAGAAAUUACAAAGGGAAAGGAGGAACAUGUUGUCUGUGCCAGAGAGCCGUUCUACAGAGACCAAACAGCAGUGUAGCUGCCACCAAACACACCACUCUGCUCCAGCAGAGGACCAUUCUGCUGAAGUCGAAGCCUUUCUACCUGCUCAGAGCGAGAAGACCUACCAGCCUGCUGCUUUCACAGGGAGUCACAUCAAUGAGGUGCUCCAGGAGAACAAGGAUUUAAAGCAGUGCAUUGAGCUCCUCCAACUGCACAGUGAGCACGAGAAGGCGGCGCUCAAAGCUGAUGCUGUGCAAGCAAAAGAGGAGCUGGUCAGACUGGAGGAGCAUUUCAGGGAGCAGCUGGCAUCCAUGAAGACGGAACACCUAAGGGAGCUGGACCAUAUGAGGGCCUCUCAUGCCCUGGAGCACUCUUCCUCCAAAGUUACUGAACUGACCAACAAGCUGAGCACUCAUCAGACGGACAUGAAACAUUUACAAGCUCGGCUGAAGGAACUUCAGGAGACUAAAGAGGCACUGGCUCUUUCUAGAUCCAGAGAAGAUGCUUUGCAGAUGCAGGUGGCCAGGUUGCUCCAGGAGUUAAAGAAAGCCAAAGAAGCUGAGGGACCAGGAGCAAAACUCCUGAGUAACCUGGAGAAGAAGAUUCUUCAAGUAGAGCUCAGACAUCAGCUCAGAGAGGAGGAGCUGCAGCAGUUCACUAGAGGGGCGGGGCAAACAUCUGCUGAUCUGCGGACAGAAGACAAGCGCUGGAAAUCUCUGGUUCUGAACAAGAACAAAGAACUGGAGACUUUUCGCCUUGAGCUGGACACCAUCCUUGACAUCCUGAGACAUCUUCAGAGGCAGGGAAUGACUCCAACGCUUUCAAAUCCAAAUGGAUCCGCCUCAUAAAGAUUAGAUGUAGUAAUGCUGAGAAGUCCAUACAGGCUGGAACAUUAGUUCUAUUGUGGACAGAAAUGCUAUGCAUAUGCUUAAACUUCCUACAACUUUCCAGUGUCUCUAUGUGCUGCUCCCUAGCUCCAGAAAAUGCAGAGCUUUUGUCAAGAAGAACAUCCUUUGUAAACUGAAGCUAAAUCACAGGUGACUCACUGUGAUGACUCUGAAGGAAGCAAAUGAGUGAAAACCUGAACAUUUCUUUGGUGACACAAAGCUUUUCAAUAAAUCGCUGUUUAUUUAUCUAGAAAUUGAGUCGCAUUAA